AUGACAUCAGAAUCUUCUGGAAUAUUAUCGUCACCCGACCGAUCAAGUUCACCUUCCUUAACAGAAGACAGUGUUCAUGGCUAUUGUACGACAAAUCAGAUGUUUACUAAUUUUGCCGGCGUAAUGUCACAACAGAUACGUUCACCCGUAAAACGGCCAUUGACAAUUGAAGAAUCGCUUAUAACGACGAACGAUCCAAAACGUGUUUGUAACAGUAAUUUUCGAGAACAGCUUGAUCUGGAAUUAGUCUUAUCACCUGCCAUUGCUACUCCAUCGCCAUCAGUACUAUCUUGUUCUUCCAACACAAUCGAUUCUUUAUCGUCUUCACCUUGUACACCACUAUCGGCCGAUGUUCUCAAUUGGCUAUCGAUAUUUUUAGCUAUGUCUAAUGACGAGCGUAGUCGCGCUACCGAAGCACUAAUACAUACUUGCUCGACGAAUACUCUCCAGUUAAAUCAUAUCAAAAAUCAAAUAGAGCCAUAUUUUCAACGUGAUUUUAUUCGUGAUCUACCGCGAGAAUUAGCAUUACAUGUACUUAAAUAUUUACCGGCCAAUGAUGUCUCACGAGCAUCACGUACAUGUCGAUCUUGGUACACAACAUGUAGUGAUGUGUUACUGUGGAAAGGUAUAUGUCAUAGAAGGAAAAUUCCAUUGAAACCUCUACCAACUAUUUUUGAUGACACUAUCGAUAAUCAAUGGAAACGUUCAUAUGCAUGUCACAAACAUUUAGAAUAUGUGUGGCAACAUGGACAACCGUUGCCUGAACCAUUGGUAUUACGUGGUCACGAAGAUUUUGUUAUUACUUGUUUACAAUUCGAUGGAAAACGUAUUGUAUCAGGUUCAGAUGAUAAUACAUUAAAAAUAUGGUCGAUAGCAAGUGGAAAAUGUGAACAAACAUUGAUUGGACAUAAUGGUGGUGUGUGGUGUAGUGAAAUGACAGAUGAUUUAAUAGUUAGUGGAAGUACAGAUCGAACUAUACGUGUAUGGAAUAUAAAUACAGGUGUUUGUCAACAUGUUCUAUAUGGGCAUACAUCAACAGUACGUUGUCUGGCAUUACAUGGUGAUAUUGUUGUGUCUGGCUCACGUGAUGCUACUGUUCGUGUAUGGAAUAUUCGUACAGGUGGACGUCUCCAUAUGUUAAGUGGUCAUACAGCAGCUGUUCGUUGUGUAUGUUAUAAUGGAAAAUAUGUUGUAUCUGGUGCCUAUGAUCAUACCAUACGUGUAUGGCUACCUGAUCAAGAACGAUGUGUACAUACACUUGAAGGACAUACAAAUCGAGUUUAUUCUCUUGUCUUUGAUGGUAAACAUAUUGUAUCUGGUUCAUUGGAUUGUAUGAUUCGCGUAUGGGAUGUUGAACAAGGUACAUGUGUACAUCAGUUAACCGGACAUUUAUCAUUAACAAGUGGAAUGCAAUUACGUGGUAAUAUUCUUGUGUCUGGAAAUGCUGAUUCAACAGUGAAAAUUUGGGAUAUUGAAUCCGGAAAAUGUCUACAUACACUUGCUGGACGAAAUAAGCAUGCAUCAGCUGUGACGUGGGUUCAAGUAGUAAUGAAUUAUGUUGUUAGUUCGGGUGAUGAUGGAACUGUCAAACUAUGGGAUUUAAAUACAGGAGAUUUUAUUCGAAAUCUUGUGUAUCUCGAAUCAGCUAGCAGCGGAGGUGUUGUAUGGCGUAUUAAAUGUACAGAUUCAGCGUUAGUAUGCGCAGCUGGCAGUCGUAACAGCACAGAAGAUACUAAAGUGAUCAUGCUUGAUUUCGAUCGCACAACGAUCUGUUCAUAG